ACCUAACUUGCUCGCUUUCACGGACGAGAAAUGAAGGACAACAUGAUUAAAUCAUCAUCUGCAAAGAAAAUGGAUGUGAAGAAAAGUUUAUUUUGAUCGUCUACCAGAAGGCAUGGAUGUCAGAGUGUGACCCUGUGCCGAGUGUGCGGGCGAGGCAAGGUGUUUUGGCUGCCCAGGUGCUUUUAAGAUGUUGAGGUCUCCCUGCGUGGCCGGGGCCCCUGUUCGGAUCAGUAGCACUGAGGCUCCUUGUAGCCAAAGACAUGGACCCCGACUCGGCUCCCCCACGCCCUCAGCCUGUUGGCCACUGGCCCCACGUCGCCCUGUAAAGGAUGUCCCUCAGCAGAGCUCCGGCCCGGGACACCUCUGAGACCCCCAGCCCGAGAGAACGCAUCCGCAGCCACAUGAAGAUGGUGAUCGACCAGCUGGAAGGAAUUCUCAAAGAGCUCAAGGAUGUGGCCAAGGAACUCCGGGAGGUGGUGGGUCAGAUCGAUAAACUAACGUCCGACUUUGACUUUGACCUGGAGCCAGAUGACUGGACGGUGGCCACAGCCAGCAGCACGUCCAGCAGUGAGCGGGGUUUGGGAGAAGCCUUCAGGCUGGACUUCCUCAAUGCAGAUGUGCUUUCAGAUAGCUGGGAGUUUUGCAGCUACCUGGAGGCUGCUGGCGCCACCGCCCGCAGACCUGGUGAGCAACCAGGGGAUCUACGAUCGGAGCUGGGCCGUGGGACCAUCCCCACCCAGACGCAGACCCCCACCCCGCCCCCCACCACUGCCUCGGUCUACUCCCAGAUGAACGGUGGGCUGCCCAUCCCCAACGGGCCCCGCAUUAUUACCCCAGAUUCAUCCAGCGAGGAGGCCAGCAGCUCCACACACAGCCACAAGACUUCUCGUACCUCCGGCACAAGAGAAAGAGUGCGCUUCAGUGACAAAAUUCUGUACCAUGCGUUGUGCUGUGAUGAUGAUGAGGAGGAGGAGGAGCAAGACGAGUUACAGGAGGACAAGAGUGGCUGUGCUACACCAGACAGCGACACUGAGCCCAGUCUCCUUGCCAGCUCAGUCGCCCCCAAACGUUCUUCCUCUGAGCACUCACUCCUCCAUAACUGUCUGGACCCUUCCUACGUCUCCUCGCCAAUGAAGGGGACGACAGGAGCUCACACACUACCCAGGAAAGGUCUCUUAAACCCCGGCUGCCGCAAAAAACUGUUACGAAAUAGCAGCACACAAACUGUCUCUGACAAGAGCACCCAAACUGUACUGCCCUAUAUUCCAACCAAACAGAAAACAAAGGACCACUGAGAAAGCCCUAAGUUUAUCAUAAAUCUCAUGAAGAGGACUGUGCAUUAUUUAAUAUUAAAUACAUAGCUCAUAGAUUAAUACACAAAUAAAUUAAUUACUAAAUAAAUAAAUGAUAUAUGGGAAAUCACUCGACUACCUAAAGUCAUUCUGAGGCUCAGGGAAAACACAAUGAAAUGAA